UAAAUGCUACUGCUAUACCCAAACUUGAAGGACGGGAUGCUUGUAGUGAUUUCGUUUUUGUAAAUCCACCACCGAAAGGCUCUAAAGAUAAUUUUUCUAUAAAAAAUAAUUCUGAAGUUAAAUGUGAAUGGUCUGGAUCAAAAGUCGGCUCUGUCUUAGAUUUUGAACUUUUUACAAGCGAGGGAAACAUAACAGGUAUUUUAUGGAACGUUACUGUUAAAAUGGAGGAUAAUUCAGCAAGCGCGAACAUUCGAAUACACGUACCUUUUGAUACAAAGCUCCCUGCUACUUUCUUGAGCAGAAGUUGGGCAAAUACGAGUACAGCUCAAGAUUGUACUGCUUUAAC